GCAUCCCGCUAAUGUGUCGCAACUUUUGGUGGAUUACCCUAGAUCUUUCCGUCUACAGGUGUAGGGAGUGUAGUGCCCGUCCUCCGUCACCCCAGUCUCUGCGGCGUCUGGCAAGUAACAGCAUCAUCAGGAACCACAAAGAGUUAGGCAGGUCUGCGUCGUUUACAGUAAAGCUUCCGUACUUUGCACUAUCUGUUUUAUCAGCUGGGGGAGAAAAGUAACACGAAAAGCGAAUGAUUGCAAGACUGCUGUUGAUUAUUUCGUUCCAGUCAGUCGCUAAGAUGAGCUCGUAUACGCAUUGCAAGCUGCACUCGAUGUUGCUGUCAACUUUGCUGGUGCUUGCCGUCUUAGUGGUAGAGAUAUUGGCCGCUGUGGCCAACGGUGUGGACGCAGCUACCUGCGGGUCUUGUGAAAUGCAGACGAUAGACAAGGGCUCGGAAGAGAAACUGUUGAUCGAAAUAGCCAAGCAGCAGAUCCUAAGCAAGCUGCACCUGAAAGAACGACCGAACAUCACACAAGCCGUGCCAAGGGCUGCUCUGCUCACCGCUCUCCGGAAGCUUCACGCGGGACGCGUCCGACAGGAUGGCACAUUCGAACUGGAGAACAACCGGCAGAGCGCACGUGCAAAAGAUCAAGGCUACGAAGUCGUGAGUUUCGCUGAUACAGACGACCCAGACUCCAACAGCGUGCGCCGCAGCCUCACGUUCCAGUUCGUGCAGGAGCGCGAGCAGAACAUGCAGGUGCUGCAGUCAGCUCUGUGGCUGUACGUGCACGCACCCGAGGCCCCCUCCAGGGACUCCCGCGCCACCGCGCAGAUCUACCUGUCGGGCCAGGGGAGCGGAAACCGCACGCUGCUCCUGCAGAAGACCCUGGAGGUGCAGCGCGGCGGCUGGCACACCUUCCCCAUCACCCACGCCCUGCAGGCCUUCCUGGACGGCGGGCAGCGGCGGCUGAGGCUGGAGGCGCUGUGCGACGGGCCAGAGGGGCGGGACCUGUGCGCGCAGGAGGGCGGGGCGUCCGAGUCCGCCCACCGGCCCUUCCUGGUGGCCCAGGUGCGCCCCCGGGAGGAGGACGAGUCGGGCCACGCCCGGGGGAAGCGCUCGCUGCGGUGCGGAGAGGACGUCAGCAUCUGCUGCAAGAAGGACUUCUACAUCAAGUUCCGCGACAUCGAGUGGCACGAGUGGAUCAUCGCACCCGAGGGCUACCACAUGAACUACUGCAUGGGCAAGUGCCCGCCGCACCUGGCCGGCUCGCCGGGCAUCGCGUCCUCCUUCCACGCCACCGUCCUGAGCCAGCUGAAGGCCAACGGCAUCCACACGGUGGUGUCCUCCUGCUGCGCGCCCAUCCAGCGCCGCCCGCUCUCCAUGGUCUACUUCAACUCGCAGCACAGCAUCGUCAAGACCGACGUGCCCGACAUGAUCGUGGAGUCCUGCGGCUGCACGUAGAACCCGAGAGAGAGAGAGAGAGAGAGAGAGAGAGAGAGAGAGCAAGACGGACAGGUUCCCAGGGCUUGAGUAUCAGACUGGGGCUGUGUUCACACGUAAGCACAAGAGUCUCUAUGCAAACCUCCCACAUUUACUCUCUCUCUCACACACACACGCACGCACACACACCCACACACACACACACACACACACACACAGGUGAAAAAUCCCUUCAUACAUUUACGUGGACUGUUAUGAGGAAUUGCCGCAAGGUUUAAACGCCAAGUACGGCAAGUAAGCACUAUUAAGGCAGAAAAUGCUUUAAAAAAUGGAGCCUUCGUCUUGAGCACUUACUCUACAUGACUUUACCUUUGUUGAUAUGUUAGUUACUUUAGACCUGUGAGCUGUGUUUUAUUUGUUUGUCUGUUCAUUCCCUUGGCUGCGUGUUGUAUGAGCUGUUGCUGAAGGAGGCGUUAUGGGGACAAACUAUGUGGUGCCUCAUCUGAGAGGAACUGCAGAGAGAAAGAAGUUUCUAGAAAAGGACUGAAUUUGUGGGCCAACCCCAAAAAAAAAAGCAUUUUGGCUAGCUGCCGGGGUGGGGUGCAUGGAUGCUGCUAUACCCCCUCCACAUACUGCACACAGGUACAGGGGCUUACCCCAGAAAAAUGGGAGGGACUUCCUCAGACCCAUUGGUCACACUUCACCCUGAAAGUCACAGUAUGUGCCAUUGAAUUCCAUAUUUAUUGAUCAAAUUUGUUUAACUGUCUUGCAUCUUGAUUGGUGACCAACCAAGUACACAUGCAAAUUCCUUUAUUUACACACAGAUAUACUUGUGUGUGCGUUGUCAGUAAUACCUAUAAUACAGGUAUAGAUAAUUAUUUAUUGUUGAAACAAACACACACAACUGAAAUGUGCCUUCCACCCCACUUGGGAAGAGGAAAGGGAGUUAUGCCCAAUCUGUAGGUUAGAGGAUGUGCAAUGGAGAUGGUGUACAUCUCAUACGGAUGGCUCUCACACGGUUAUGCAGCGGAUUGCUAAAGUAACAUUAGCAUUGGCUGCACAGAUGCCAUUCAUUGCAUACGGACAUUACGCAGCAGAUUGCUAAAGUAACAUUAGCAUUGGCUGCACAGAUGCCAUUCAUUGCAUACGGACGUUACGCAGCAGAUUGCUAAAGUAACAUUAGCAUUGGCUGCUUUGACUCCUGGCUGACUAACUGGCCACAAGUCUGUGCUUCUGGGAAGAACAAACAGCAGUCAGUAGGCUGAUGACCUUAAUAGGUCUUUGGCUUUGGCAUUUACAUCCCCUACCCAGUCUGGGCGUUCUCACUAGCAGGCGUAAUUGUUUUUAAAUACAUAUUCAAAUCUCACAUAAUGACAGAGAUCUGAAAUGACUCGUGUGCAUGGGGAAAGUGCUGGGGUAAACAGGUUUUUAGGCACAGUGCUAGUGCACGCAUUCAUCAAAUUAAAAAAAUGGCAAAAACACAAUGCUUUCAACAUUGUAAAACUUAUGCCAGGUUGUGCUUGUUGAGCCAAGUUGUAUUCUUAUAGGACAAAAUAAGGAAGAAGUUAUUUUUCUGCAAUAUAAUUAUAUUUCCAGUAUUUCAAUAAUAGAAGAAAGUAAUAAAUCCUAAACACACUAAUUACUAAAUAAAAUUUUAUAUGCAAGCACAAUUUAUUUGUUCACUUGAGGGUGAAUUAUAAAAACAUUUCUGUUCCAAUGAUUAGUGCAACGCCGAGAGAAAACUCAAUUUGCACAGAGAGCUCAGUUGUAUUUUUCCAUUGACAUGGCUCUCUGUCACGAUAGUGAAACCCAGCAACAGCUGAGUUCCAUUUCUGCUCCAGGAAUCUGUCUUAAGAGGCUUGCAGACACCAGCAGAAUGGCAGAUUUUCAGAGGUUAAAAUGUUUUUUUUUUUUCUUUUUUCUUUUUUUAUCAGAAUCUACACUGUAUUAUUUGCUCAGAUCUGCAGUUAGGCAAUGACUCUCAGCAUCAUGAACCUGGGGCUGUUUCUCAACAGCGUGUGCAAACAUUUGGAUUUCCACAGUGUCAGGAAAUGUGAAGGUCCUUGCAGCACAACGGUCAAUGGGCAUUUAGUGGAAUGGCACGUUGGUAUUUGCUGUUUCCAAGGUCUAAAGUUUGGGGUGAUGUCAGCGGGGAUUUCAUGCCGUUCCUUAAUGUACAGAGAUGAGCCCAGCCAACAGGCUGUGCAGGUCUGAAGCUCUUUAAGGUGCUUCUCCUGCGGCCUCUCCCAAAGCAUCCGGGUCUCUGCAGCACAUCCCAGCCGUUAGCCUCUAGAAUGCACUUCCUGUACACCGAUGACACGCGCGGGCACUUCUGCCUUUUUAUUGGACGACUGUUCUCUUAAGCACUUCCUGCCACUUCAUGGCUACGUGUGAAUGGAUUGGGUGCAUCUCUGCUGAGUAGCGUGUGUUCCAGUCCGUCAAGGGAUCAGAUCACCUUCAAGCCUCUUCCUUAAAGUCACAGAUAAAUAGCCAUACAGUUGGGCUGAGUGGUGCCGUUAGUCUUAAAUGAACUGCACGAUUUGGCUGUUUAUGGCACUAAAUGUCGAAGCCUUGCUGAUCUGAAGGACUUUAGUCAUGCCAAGAGUGACCAGUGUGUAUGAGGUUUGAAAAAAUGUUUAAGUGCAAAAAUGAUUAUUUAUAAACUGACAAACCUGACAAACUGAAAGACAAUGCAUAGAUAAAUGCAUCCCAUUUGUAAAAAUAAUAAUAAUAACUUUUUCUACCCUAUAUUUAAAAACUCUGUGUUGCUCUAUGUUUCUUGGCUAGCCAUGGAUUUCUUUGUAUGGGCACUUUAUAUAUUUUCUUACAUUUUGCAGCACAGCACCCACCUGCUCUGGAUUUGGAAUUUGUGAGAUAUUAGCAGAGUUUGAGAAAUUGCCGUUUUCAAGAAAAGUACUUGCUGACUUGGGAAUGCAAAUGUAAUAAUUGUAUGUUUUCUUUGUAAAAGCAAUUAUUGUUUGUUUUUGUUUUAGUAUUGUAAAAGGACAUCAGAAUACUGUAACUGGUACAGCCAGCCUUUUGACAAAAUGUAGGCCUACAUUUAUGCAAAGAUAAUUUCUAUUUUUUGUGAUAUAUUCUUGUAUUUUCAUAUAUUAUAAGAAAAUUUAGACAGACAAUAACAUUCUUUUAACUGUAACAUCAGGCCUAUUGUACUGUAUGUGAUAAUUAUAUUGCAAUGAUUUAUUUUUCACAAAUAAAUAUUUUUGACUUCA